AUGGUAAUCACCGUCGUAAGGUCUGCAGGGGCGGAGGGCGAUGAGGCUCAAGUCGGGUACUGCAGUGUGGUGCGAAACACUCUCCAUGACUUCUGGGACUCUACCACCUUAGCAGGUCUCUCCCAUUCCCGCCAGCGCCACCCCGUUAUGAAACUCGUCUGGGUGCUGCUCUUCCUCGCUGGCUUGGCGGCUACUGUUUUCGAUGUGUAUAAUGUCAUCAACAACUACUCACAGAGGCCGUACAGCACGCAGAUGAAGCCGAAGAACGUGGCUUCCACGAUGCUGCCUGCCAUCACUGUCUGCAACCAGAACAGCAUCCAGUGCAGCAAACUUCUGUCACUCAUGUUCGAAAAAAUGCGAAGUGACGACAUCAAUCUUUCCAAGGACUUGGAGCAACUCUACCUCAUCUCUCAGUGUGCCUUUAAGACCCUUAAGUGUGACUUGGUGCUGCUGGAGUACCAGAAACACCUGGAAUACCUCGGGGACACUGGCAAAAUCCCAGUCACGUUGAUGAAGGGGGAUACUUGCAUGGACUGCGAGGUUAUGAUCAAAAUGUGGAGUGAAGAGUGCGAAGAGAAUCCACUGCCGCCUCAGCCUUAUGAUUUUUGGUGGAAGCGGAAUAAUUGCACUAAUAACUUCUUUAAUGUCGAGGGCGUUUUGAAGAGCCUGAAGCUGAACAAACUACCUGAUUCCCUAGACGAGUGUCCAAGACAGCCACCUGCUCCUAUGCCAGUGAGUGAAGGGAAUUCAUCGCUAUCUUCAAUGCAGACUUCCUCAGGCAAUGACUCUGCCCAAUUUUCACUCGACGAUUUACCAGAAGGUUCCCAGGACGACUCAAGGAAAUCAAGUGACGAUUCCAUCUCUUCAACACCAGGUCUCGAUGAGCUCAGAGGCGGCACGGAGAGUAACUUGUCUCCUACCACCGACACACCCUUGAACACAGUGGACUCAGCUACAGACAGUGUCACUUCAGACAAAGCUAAGACUCCAGGGGAUCCCGACGUUACAUCUCGCCGGAAGAGGGAAGCAAAGUCAAAGCUGACAGGGGAUGGCAAUCUUCAAGUGUACACGAAGAAGAGAAUGGAAAGCUCGCAGCAAUACAAUAACAAGGUCAACUUCCUAACUCAAUACAUGCGCCUAUCCGACGACAUCAAGAAGCAGCUGGGGUACUCCUUCGAAGACCUCAUCCUCGACUGCAAAUUCAUGGGUUACAACUGCACCAAUUCCAGCUACUUUGAAAAAUACUUCUCGCCCAUAUACGGCAACUGCUACGUUUACAAUUACGACGGGAGCGAAACUAUCUCACUCUCCGGACCGAUGCAGAGUUUCUCGCUUCUGAUCAACGUGCAUCAAGAGACGUAUCUGCCGGAGCUACUGACGGAAAAGCUUGGGGCGCGGGUUGCCAUCCACCACCCCAUGACUCACCCCAGCAUGGAGGACGAGGCCACAGAUCUUAGCCCCGGCACGGCCUCCACCAUCGCCAUCAGAAAGGUGGAAUACACGCGUCUCACGUCCCCAUGGAGCAGCAACUGUACUAGCAGGUGGAACGUGACAAGUUACCACCCUCCCUCAAACACAGACAACCUGGACCAGGGAACAAUUUACUCUUAUUCAACGUGCCUCAAUAUGUGUGCGCAGAGGAUGUUCGUAGACUACUGUGGCUGCGUGCAUCCUCUCCUCCCGCAAUCCUUCAUUUACUCUGACAAGUCUUACAAGAAUAUAGACAUCUGUAAUCUUACUUCUAACCACGAAGACACCAUCUGUCAGAAAUCGAUGCUCAGCUCUACGUCCUCCUACCUCCUCAGUUCCCACGAGUGUGACUGUAACCUCGCCUGCAGCGAGACAGUUUACCAGAAGAUGGUCUCGAGCACAGCGUGGCCACCAAAAGUCUCCAAGCUCUCGGUACACACGACUUACAACAUGAAUAACAACAAGGUAACGGAGAACCUGCUGGUGCUGGAUGUGUUCUUUCAAUCCCUCAUCGCUGACUACGUGGAGGAAGAGGCGGAUUACCCGUACAUCAACUACCUGGUGAGUGAUCUGGGAGGCGCCCUGUCCCUCUACCUCGGCAUCUCCAUCAUCCUUCUCAUGGAGUUCGUUGAGUUCCUCCUGUGCCUCGUCUACAACUCGUUCCUCUACUGUCUGGGUUGCUAUUCGCCGCCCCAACAUGAGUCUCCUGCGCGAGAACCAAUGAAGUCCUCAGUCGCUCCUGCAGCUCAGCCCAAGCCACCCUCUGACCUCAGCAUCACCACCAACACCACUGUCGCCGACCUCAACUACCUCAGGAAUCUUUACGGGCUGGAGAGGCUGCUGGAGGUACUGUCCACACAUGACACUCAUAAUACUCCAAACAACUUCAGGAGCUACAAAUCCAAUGUGUUUGACGGGGCUUUUCAUCAGUGAGUGCCUGAGCUCCUGCCUCCAACCACCAUCAUCACCACCAACAACAAUACCAUCAACACCACCACCACCACCACCACUACUAAUACCACCAACACAACCACCACCACCACUACCACCACCACCACCACAGUCUGCUCUCUACUGUGACAUGAGCUCCAAAAUUGUUUGUUACCAUGUCUUUCUUUCCCCGUUUUCUCCCUACUUUUCCUCCCACGUUCUUUUCUCCCUCUUUCCUUUCACUCCUGUCACUGCUUAAGCUUCUCAUCUGUUUCUUUCCCUAUACUAUAAACAGCAGUGAAGUAAAUAAAGAGGAUGAGGUGAGGUUGUGUCGGCGAAGCAGUGAGCCUGAUUCCAAAAGUGCCCUUAGAUUUGUUAUCAUUGUCACCUAUAUACUUGUAUUCAUAAGCACUACUGCACAAUUUGCUCAGGAAAUUAUUAUAGUUGAGGAUAAAUAAACGUAUUAUGUCUGUUAAAGUCCUUGGUAUUGAGGAAAGUAACGGGAUGUAGAGUAAUGGUUAUCAUAUUAGAUGAGUUGCCAGGAUGGGUUUGAGGAUGUACAGAUUGUGUAGUCCUCCAGCAAGUACGCGACGAGGACAAUUGCCUAGGAGGCCUCAUGACAGAAAAUAACAUACGUGGAACUUAUCAUAUACGUGUUAAGACUGUUAAUUCAGUAUCAAAUAUAGUUUCUUGCAAAUCAUUUUCCAUCUGUUUCCUCCUCGCGAAAUCUGAUUCCCUAUAUAGACUUUAGGUUUUCUUUUAUAAUAAGGCAAACAUCAAGGAAAUGUUAACACCGCUGUGGUUUCUUAUAGCGUAUGUGAAUGGAAGCUUAAGAGUUAUGGCGUCCUUCAUUUUAUUCAUUCUGCGUCAUAUUGUUCAGUUUAAUAUUUUCAUAAUUACAUUCAUAACUGUAUA